UAAUAAUAAAAAAAAAACCCGGCGUUUUUCGUCUUGCCGGUCACCCACUGCCACCUAAAUAGUUUUGGCACUAUAUAUUCACAAGUAUCAUUCUCCAUUUCCGUUCUGAGAUCCAUCCACAUAUAUAUAGUUGAAAGGGAGAAUAUAACAAAGAAAGCCACGCGGUGUCUGGUUUUGACUCCUUUGAUCAAAUGGCUAACAAGAGUUACAUAAUAGAGGUAGAGAAAGGGAAGGCCGCCAGCGAUGGAAAACCGUCGAUCGGCCCUGUUUAUCGCAGUUCUUUUGCGCAGAAUGGAUUCCCUGCUCCGAUUCCUGGACUGGAGAGUUGUUGGGAUAUUUUCCGCAUGUCAGUUGAAAAAUACCCUGACAAUCCUAUGCUUGGUCGCCGCCAGAUUGUGAAUGGGAAGGCUGGAAAAUAUGUUUGGCAAACUUACAAAGAAGUUUAUGACAUUGUAAUAAAUGUCGGAAAUUCCAUCCGGGGUUGUGGUGUUGAGGAAGGAGGAAAAUGUGGUAUUUUUGGUGCCAAUUGCCCAGAGUGGAUUAUAAGCAUGGAGGCCUGCAAUGCUCAUGGACUGUGUUGUGUUCCUUUAUAUGACACUUUAGGUGCCAGUGCUGUGGAGUUUAUCAUAUGCCAUGCAGAAGUUUCAAUUGCUUUUGUAGAGGAAAAGAAGAUUAAUGAGCUGUUUAAAACAUGUCCAAACUCAACAAAUUACUUGAGAACAAUUGUUAGCUUUGGGAAGGUAACACCUGAGCAGAAGGAAGAAGCUGAGAAGUAUGGUUUGGCAAUAUAUGCUUGGGAGGAAUUUUUGCAAUUGGGAGAAAAUAAACGAUUUGAUCUUCCUGUGAAGAAGAAAAGUGAUAUCUGCACAAUAAUGUAUACUAGUGGAACAACUGGUGAUCCCAAGGGAGUAUUGAUUUCAAAUGACAGUAUUGUUACUUUUAUAGCAGGGGUGAAACGUCUGCUAGAGCGUGUAAAUGAACAGUUGACUGUGAAGGAUGUAUAUCUUUCUUAUCUUCCUCUUGCACAUAUCUUUGACCGGGUGAUUGAGGAGUUAUUUAUUUCACUUGGUGCCUCAAUAGGAUUCUGGCGCGGGGAUGUGAAACUAUUGGUUGAAGAUAUUGGGGAGCUAAAGCCAACUUUCUUCUGUGCUGUUCCCCGUGUGUUAGAUAGAAUCUAUUCAGGUUUACUACAGAAGAUUUCUGGGGGAGGCUUAUUGAAAAAGAAGUUGUUUGAUGUGGCAUACUCAUACAAAUAUUAUAACAUGAGGAAGGGGCGCAAUCAUAGAGAGGCAUCUCCAAUUUGUGACAAAGUUGUGUUUAGUAAGGUCAAGCAAGGAUUGGGAGGGAGAGUGCGGAUUAUUCUAUCUGGAGCAGCACCUCUUUCUGCUCAUGUGGAAGAGUUCCUGCGAGUGGUGGCAUGUUGUCAUGUUCUGCAAGGAUAUGGCCUGACAGAGAGUUGUGCGGGGACUUUUGUCUCGUUACCAGAUGAAUUGUCAAUGCUUGGUACCGUGGGGCCUCCUGUACCAAAUGUAGAUAUACGCCUAGAGUCUGUUCCUGAAAUGGGAUAUGAUGCUCUUGCAAGCACACCACGUGGAGAAAUUUGUAUCAAGGGAAGUACGCUAUUCUCAGGGUACUACAAACGUGAAGACCUCACCAAUGAGGUCAUGGUUGAUGAGUGGUUCCACACAGGCGAUAUUGGUGAAUGGCAACCGAAUGGAAGCAUGAAAGUUAUUGAUCGAAAGAAGAAUAUUUUUAAGCUUUCACAAGGAGAAUAUGUUGCAGUUGAGAAUCUGGAGAAUAUUUACGGCCUUGUAUCUGAUAUUGAUUCGAUAUGGGUUUAUGGUAACAGCUUCGAGUCCUUCCUUGUUGCUGUUGUUAACCCGAAUAAGCAAGCACUGGAACGCUGGGCUGCGGAGAACGGUGUGGGUGGUGACUUUGAUUCCCUCUGUCAAAACCCCAAGGCCAAAGAGUUCAUUCUUGGGGAGCUCGCAAAGAUUGGCAAAGAGAAAAAGCUGAAAGGUUUUGAAUUUAUAAAAGCCGUCCAUCUCGACCCUGAGCCAUUUGACAUUGAACGUGACCUCCUCACCCCAACUUAUAAGAAGAAGAGGCCUCAAUUGCUUAAAUAUUAUCAGACUGUAAUUGACAACAUGUACAAGGCUGCACGCAAGCCAAAUGCUUGACAAAAAUAAUUCCGAUGGAGGUGGUUCUGCCUCUCAGAAAUAUGGUGUUAACACUUUCUUCUCUUUUCUUUUGGGUGGUUGGGACUGUAAAUAUAGGUUCAUCAUGUUCAAAUUUGUUUUAACCCAUAAUGUAAUUCCCUUCAGGGAACCACGGAAAAUGUCACAUACAGGUGUUUAUUUGAACAAGUUUAAUUACCCAUAUGUUCCUUCAGUUCCCAAA